UGUAUAACAAUGAGGUUAGGAAUUUUUUCAUCAAUAAAUGUCAGAUGUUCCGAUUUUUUAUUGCGAUUUAUUUGUAAAUCACUUCGAUGACUGAGGUCCUAGAUAAUACAUAAUGGAUUUAGAUAUAAAACCACAUAGCAGUUUAAUUAUGUUGUGUUAUUUAAGGUUCGUCCCUUCAUAGUUUCGUAAUUAAAGCCAAAUGAAAAUAUCCGGUUAACUAAAUGAAAUAUGUAUUUAUACAGAAAGGCACGAUUUAGAAGGCAAUUAAUGCUGAUUAUUAAAAUAUUCAUGAUUCUAUCAUUGUUUAUAUUUAUUGUUUUUCCCUUCAUUUUCAAAAAAUCUGUUUUCCUACAAAAGGCGAUUGUAUUCAUGAAUUUUGUGAAAUAUGAUGAGCAGUUUGACUUUACACAGGCUGAUAACAUAGAAGGCAUAAAAAACAUUUAUAUUUUUUACUGUGAUCCUGAGAUAAAAAUUUCUACAUGCAUAAUUACGUUAGGAAUUUGGCACAUCAUUCCUUCAAAUGAUAAUAAGUUUAUAAUUAGCGCAGAUAAGAGCAACUUAAUACAAAAGAAUAAUCUGAAUGAUUCCAAAAAUGAUUAUGUUAUUUCUGAUGUGCGUGCAUCAUUUUCUAAUGAUGAGCAGUUGGCAUCUUCUUGGAGUCUUGGCUGUGGAGCUGAAAUGGCUGAUGGGAAACCUGUAGUAUUAUAUCUUCAUGGAAAUACUGGAUCAAGAGCUUUAAAUUACAGAAUUAAUACAUAUAAAUUACUUCAAAAACUUGGAUGUCAUGUAGUAGCAAUGGAUUACAGAAGCUUUGGUGAUUCCACAAAUAUUGAACCUACGGAAAAUGGUGUUGUUAAAGAUGCUAUAGCUGUGUACAAAUGGAUAAGUUCUAUCGCUAAAGGCCCCAUUAUAUUAUGGGGACAUUCUCUAGGCAGUGCUGUAGCUACACACAUGUUAUGCAGCAUCCAAAACAAAAUGAAUGGUCCAAAUAUUGUUAUUUUGGAAAGUGCUUUCACUAAUAUGUAUGAAGAAAUUUAUGCCCAUAAGUUUUCUUUGUUAUUCAGAUUCUUGCCUUGGUUUGAUUAUACAAUAAGACAAGCAAUUAUAGAAAAUGGUAUAACAUUCAAUUCUGAUCAAUAUGUUUCUUGUUUUCAUCAACCUAUUCUUUUUCUGCAUGCUGUAGAUGACAGAACAGUUCCUUUAGAACUAGGAUACAAGUUGUUUAGAACUGCUAGACGUGGUAGAGACAAGUCAUGGGGACCUACUGAAUUUCAUAGGUAUGCUGCUUCCAAAAAUCUUGGGCAUAGAUAUAUAUCUUCGGACAAUGAUACACAUUUCAUAGUAAGAAACUUCUUAAGCUCUUAUGCUGCAGAAAGGUACUGA